AUGUCUAUUAAAAAUUCACAUUUCACCUUGAAAAAGCCUAAAACAAGAAAACGUACUAAAUCGAACAUAAUAAUAAACCUUUUGGGAUGAAGGAGAAAUAUUAAGAAACGGAAGGGCGUGAUAUGAUAUUUUGACAUUUUACCCUCAACCGAGGAUAACAUAAGACUGAUAAAGAGGAACGGCCAACGGCUAUUCCAGACUGGAAAAGAAGCCAUCCCAAUGAUUCUCUCAACUCCUCUUCUGUUUGAGCCAUCAUUUCUCUCAUGUUCCAGGGUAGGAACUUUUUCCACGCAAAGGAAGAAAAAUGCAUUUUGCUGCUUGAAUCAUAGCUUAAAAGAUAACGGAGUACGGAACAGAUUUGUAUCACAUCAGGAGAAAAACUUGAGCCGUAGGUUUCUUCUUUUCAUUUUGGUCUCAUCAGGCUUGUCUCCAACCUUGUCUUCUUCCGGAAAGACCAAGAGUAAGAAUCCCUAUGAUGAGAAACGCUUGCUAGAACAGAAUAAACGAAGACAGAAAGAGAACAAUGCUCCUGAAGACUUUCCAAAUUUCAUUAGAGAAGGUUUUGAGGUUAAGGUUGUGACUUCAGAGGAUUACAUAAAGAGUGAUUCAGGGCUUAUAUACCGGGAUUAUGAAGUUGGUAAAGGUGAUUGCCCAAAGGCUGGUCAACAGGUCACUUUUCACUACAUUGGUUAUAAUGAGUCAGGCCGGCGUAUUGAUAGCACCUAUUUACAGGGUUCUCCUGCCAGAAUCCGCUUGGGAACUAAUGCAGUGGUUCCAGGAUUUGAGGAAGGAAUUCAGGAUAUGAGGCCUGGGGGGAAGAGAAGGAUAAUCAUUCCCCCUGAACUUGGACCACCGGUGGGACCUUCGACAUUUUUCAGCUCAAAACAGUUCGAAGUUUUUGACAUAGAAUUACUCAGCAUACAGAAUUGUCAAAGGAGAACCAUAGCUUUUUACUCUGAUGUUGUGUGCAAUUGAGUGAUGGGAAAAUUUUGAAAAUCCAACUCUUUAUUAUGUAACGUAUCAUAUUUUUUUCAAGAACUAAUCGCCAUGCUUGUAUUCUAAUGUUACUUGAGAAGGUUAACUAAAAGAAUACAUUUGGAAAUCAUUGAAUCGAUUGGAUUAAAAUCCCCAUAACUGGAUCACUGUUAUCAUGGAACAGGAGCUGCGAUAGAAAGCAAGGGAGAGAGAUCUGCUUGAACAUUGGGAUAAAGAACAAGAACGUUUCGGAGUUGAUGAUUCCCAGCAGGUUGUUAUUGAAGUGAAACGACAUCAUUGGCGCCGAAGCUCUUCUUUGUUGUUUGGAUGGGAGGAAAGUUGGAGAGAAAAUUGGGGAAGAAAAUGCUUUGAAGGGGAGUGAGUGAAGUGGGUUUAAAUAUGCGCGGGGUUGUCAUUUUGAAUGGAAACUCCGGUGACUGGGAUUUACAGUUAAUGCAGUGAUUUAUUUACACGUGUGAAGACUACAGCGCGCGAGACAUAUGUGGACUCGAUUGCCUUUGAUUGGUGCCGCGUGGCAUUGCUUAAGGCGAAGUGAUUAAGAUUGAGAUUCAACUUCAAGCAUGAUUUUUAUAUUAUGCCUUAGUUACCUUAACCUGUGAUUAUCUUUCUUUCUUACCCAAAAUUUUCUUAUAUUUAUAUUAUAACUAUAAAAUAAUAAUUUUGAAGCAGCAAAUUACAAUAGGGGGCAAUGAUUUUAUACCCUCUCC